UGCUUUUUGAAGUUCAGUUCGCUAGCUGCUGCCUAUUGCAACAGCAGAGGAAUAACAUUAAAGGUCUUCUGUCCCUUUAAUUUUUUUUUUAUUAUUUUUUUCCUCUGCUGUUGUUCAGUAGUUAGCUGUGUUUGUUUCCUAGCCUAGGUUCAGUACUAAACUUAAGAAAACUGCAGUUUGCACUGCUGACGUACUGUUAAAUAUUUGUUCUUACUGUGUGGGUAAAGAUUUCAUGCUGGGAGAGAGAUUCCCCAGGGAGCUGCAGUUUGAAUGGCUUUGUGUAAGGCUGUGGUCAGAGUUUGCCUGGUUCUGGUGAUGUCCUGCAGGGAGCUGUGAGGUUGGGCUCCAGCACAGGGCACAGCACAGCACACAGCUGGCUGCUCGGCGCGUUUGGUGGGCGGUGUGAGUGGCAGAGGUUGGCUAAGGUCAGCUUUUAACAUUGCUGAAGAUCUCUUUUGCAUGUAAUGAUUGUGUUUUAUCAGAAUAUUCCGUUCCAUGAAAUGCCCAAUUCUUCAAAACAGAAAUGCACUUUUUUGGAACGUCUACCCGCGAAUCCUGGUUUCACAAGAGGUAUUUUGGUUGACUUCAAAAUCACGCAUUUCAAAUCAGUUCUUCAAUAGAAAAAUGGUGGCAAAUCUCAUAGUGCUUUCCUUCUCUCAGACUAUAGAAACUUCCUAAAUCCCCAGGUUGCAGAGAGCAUUAGCAGUGAUUUUUGCCCGCCCGUCCGUGCUGUGCUGCUGCACUUGGCUGCCUUUCUCUUUUCUGCUCACUCUGCCCAAUGAGGGCUCUGUUGGUGCCGGGGCCAGGCAGGGCUGGCUGCAGUGUGGGCGCGGGGCUGGCAGCUCGCAGGGAUGGCGAUGGAGAAUGACAUCUGUGUUGGGCGCGCGUCGCUCCCGGAGGACAGAGCUGCAUUGUUGGCACAAAGAGAAGUGAGAAUGCUAAAAGCAUUUCAGUUAUUUUCUUUCUGUUGUACAAUACUUUUUUUCUGUUCUGUUGGUAGCCCUGAACGUAGAGCUGCUUCCAAAAAUUAAGUGAGCUGAAAGUGGAAAGAGCUCAGUUUGUCUCAUUUUUGCUUUUUGGAACUUACAGGAAAUGAGUUUUUAGUUUUAUACUGGGCAUUAUCAAAGCCAGGCUAAAGUGCCUGGAGAACUGGUACAAAAGCUAGGUGAUAACUGAGCUACUGAAAAGGAGGCAUUACUUUCAGUCUCUCUAGUUUCAGCUUUUUAUUUGUGAAUUUAUUCGGGGGGAAUGAGGAACAUACUCGGUUUUGGUAACUAAUAAUUACGAUUUUAAACAUUCAGCUUUAUUGUGUCAUCAGUUUAUCUUCUCCUGUCUGGGUCUUCAGUACUGUUCCACAAGAUUGGGAAAGACCAGAAUUUCUGCUAUUCAUAUUGCACGAGGAAUAUGUGGGGUAAAGGGAAGAAUUGAUGUAGCAGAGAGGACGUGUUAUGUGUGUGGUUUUAUAAACUGUCAGUGGAAAAAAAAAAUAGCACAGGGCUGCAUGUUUAAAAAAAGCCCCUUUGUAGGUCAUCUGCAAGGAAGAAUUACAUCUUGGUUGUCAAAAAUGAUAUUGAGUUGUGGGGUUUUCUUUUUUGUAAAACAAAACAUUGUUUUUAUUUCUGCUUGUAUUUUCAAUACUGUUUUGACAUUCCACUUUCACCAAAGCCACCAAGAAGAAUCAGCUCUGAACAGUGCCUUAUUGUUCAGCAUGGUUUGUCAUUGCUGUUUACAGUGCUGCAGCUUCCUCACGUUAACCAGGCUAUUAAACUAGCUGGAUGUUAUCGAUGGGAAGCUUUGGCAUUAUCCAGGGAAGAUAGCUGUUAAAAUAGGGCAGAGAAGCUCAUUUCUAGCAGAUCUGUAGUUCAGUUAUAUCCUGAACAAUAUCACUGCUAGACAGAUUUCCUUUCCUGUGAGACAGUCUUAAGACCACAACCCAAAUGGGAAUUAAAUCUUUUUUUAAAAACACAAGCAAACAAAAAAGAACCACCCUAACAAUUUCAAAACAGUGAGAGGGCAGCAGGGGAAAGGGAAAGUUCCAGAGCAAUGGAAGUGUUCUAAUAAAUCAGUACGUCCUCACAAUGGGAGGCUGAAACUUGAGACAAAAAGAGUGCAAGUUAAUUCAGAGCAUCUGGAGCAUCAAGGGGCAAAACAGGACGCCCACUGGAGAAGGGUCAGUGGGAAUAGGGCUCAGGAAAGGGGAGCCAGAGUUCCUGGGGAACUCUCGUCUGCUCUUCUUCCUAGAGGCUGGUUGGCAGACCUAGGAUACAUUCUUACGCUCCAAGCUGGAAUUUAAUAAACAAGCAGAAGCACAGAGGUUCCAAGGAGAAGUAGAACACAGGUCCAGCUUUCCUGCUGCGCACAGCUGAGCUGAGAGUGAAGCUUCUCAAUGAGGAAGCAGUUCUUUAGGUUCAGGGAAUGCUCCCUGUGACUUUUGACUCUAAGAGUGAAGGUAGGUUGCUCUUGAGACAGAUAAGAGUGUUUGGAACAAGGCUGCUGUCUAAAAGGACAGAGCUAUAGAUGAUAUAUUUCUUAGGCAUCUGUGCGCAAAAAGCAAUGCUGUAAUUCGGUGCUAGCAGUAGGAGCAACAUAGGAUUCAGACCAGUGAAAAGAGAUGGAAGAGUAAUAUCUUGCUGAGCAGCUCAUAGUAUUUUAAGGUUUUUAAUCAAAUAAAUCAAAGAGAAAUGAAAAAGUUAAUGCUUCAAGCUUUGUCAAGAACUCGGUUCCAAAGAUCCCAUUGACAGUUUCUUCUCCAUUGGUAACGUACCACUUUGGAUUUAAGAUCAUAUAUGCUCUAAGCUGUAGAGCAGUGUUUAUUUGGGGGAAGUAAAGGGAUGCUAAUUUGGGGAAGACUGAUGAAGAAGACAAAAAUAACCUGAAAGUAAUCAAACACAGAUGCUAGUUUCUGUGAUAGCCAAUUGCUUUUGUACUCUGUGGGAAGGGAUAGAAUUUCCUACUUUCUCUCAUUGGGUUAAGCUUGAGUACAUCCAGAAUGAUGUAGUUUCAUAAACUUCUGGAUAGAAUUACCAUUGAACAAAGUUUAUCAGAGCUCGUGACUCCCAGAUCAAUCAAAGAAAUCGUUCAAAUUAUUAUUCUGUUUUUUAAAUAAGGGAAUAAGUAGGGAUUGUUGUGUGCCAGUUGCUGACAUUGGCGGCUUCUUGCACAUUAUGGACCCAGAGCAUGGGCAGAGACGCAGUCCACAUUCUAUUCAAUACUCUCUCUGAAACCUGCAAGAGCAACACCAUUUUCUUUUGUUUCAAUUAAUCCAUGCGAUCAGUGACCCUGUUCACAGUUCGCAUUCACAUCUUGGUUCUGUGUUCUGGAAUGAAGGAGCUUUCUGUUCAGUGUAUUUGCAUUCAUUUAUGGCUCAUGGGGAUCUGCUUUCCUCGCCCCCAGUACGUUCGAUGUUCCUUCUGACUGUGUAACUCAUCAAGAGUUUACUUUAUGCACUUCUAUAUGCAGUUCUAAAAGGUGGACUUGCUGCUUUUGUGCACUGAGUUUCAUUGGCCUUUCUAUCAUUAGGAUUUUUGUAGAGGUUUUGCAAAUUCCAAAUAUCUCCGCAUCUUCCUGUUUUCAUUGCAAGCUGAGAACAACACGCAUCAUCCUCAGUGUUGAUCUACAGACUUCAGCUUCUGGCACAUGCAUCUUGCCUUGCCAUUGCAGCGAUCGGAACAACUCAUGUUUUCAAAUGCAACUAACGUGCAGCAGCUCAAUGUGUCAGCUGGGUUCUUUAUUGACACUUUGAGGGAAGUCAGGCCUUGAAUGCUAAAAGCUAAACCAGCAAGAUGCUUAGCAAAUGCUGAGAAGAUAUUUUUGAUUGGUUUGGUUUUUUCCUAAUCUUUUAUUAAGAAGAAGGUGUGAAAAGGAAAUUUUUUGCACAGUCAGAAAUUGUUAACAAUGUGAUAACCAGAAAUAAUCAUUUUAGUAGAUAGAUAUCCAACAUAGCUGAAAUCUACGAUGUGGUUAAAAGGAAACUGAAGCAGCUUGAACUACAGCUGUCUGCCUUUCCAUGUUGUUAUUGGGGAAAGCACAGCAGAAAGGGAGCGUGUGGGUUCUGUAUCAGGAUUACAUUAGACUCUAUGAUGAUAUGCGUGCCAGCGGUACUGAAAAAUGGAACACCAAGGCUGCUUGCAAAUUUUCCAUUUUUAGGUUGCAGCUUUACUGGUAAACUUAAUGCUUUACACAGAGUGGGCAUUUCUCCUUGACUGUGGCUUCUGCUGAACCAUAGUGGUGUUACACAGUGUGCUGACAGUCUUUAUUUUGCUUUCUAUCAUGUUGGGAAAAGAGAAUUCUGUAGACUUUAAAUAAAUAAAUAGCACUUAAGAGCUGUGAAAGAGGAUCUGAGGUAUUAUAUGCGCAUUCAGACCUGCAGCCCUCUGCACAGCAUUAGCCAAGCUCUUGCGGGGCAGGAAGGGCUCAGUUUCUUCCCUUACAGGCUGGGCUUUAACUGGCACUGCAGGUUCUGGGUGCCUUCCUCUGCACUCCAGGCUUGUUCUCUGGCAUCUGCAGAGCUGGAUGCUCUUCAGUUCUGAUUCCAGACCCCCGCUGUGAACCUGGGGUUCUUUGUGCCUUGACUUUCUGUACCUCCUUCCCACCUGUCCUUCCCUCUCUGUGAGGCAGAGGAGGAAUUCACAGUGUUGGUGUUUUUAAACUCUGGAUCAGAGCUAAGAUGGCAUAUUAUGCUGAAAAAUUACAGUGGUUGCCGACAACUGCCUGUCUGAUUUGUUAGCUCUUGAGAGCCUACUCUUGAGAGAGUAGGUCUGAUUAAAUAAUAUUCCAGGAGCUGAAUGCAUCUUCCCACUUCCCUUUGUGUUCACUAGCAUGGACAGAAAGUGUCCCAAAGUUUGGAACUGAUUGCGGGUGAGUAUCUGCAUGUGCUCAGCACUUCUCCAUUGGCAGUGUCAGCCGGCAAGGGCAGUGGGAGGUGAGGGCUGUGGCCAUGCUCAGUGAGGCAUGGCACCCAGCAGGCAGCCAUAGCAGUCUGCUCGCAGCCAGGGCUUACAACAGUUCUAGAAAUGCCCAUUGCGCUGUUACUCAUCUGUAGGUUACAAACUUCUUAUGAGGAGGGUCUCUGCUUUCAGGUAAGCAGAGAGAUAGCAAGUGGGCUAGUGAUGCUGGGGUGGAUGUGCUGGCAGCCACUUGCUGGGUCCCAACCUGACAGGGUCACUUGAGCUAUCCUUGGGCCAUGCCCCACAGAAUCACAGAAUCGUAGGGGUUGGAAGGAACCUCCAGCAGGUUCCAAGGCAGUUGGGGUGGUGUGUGGGGUCAGGGUGCCUGUGCCUCAGAUUGCCCAGAGCAUUAUUACUGCAUGCACCACUCUGUUGCAGAGCAACGCAAGGUAACAUUUCUUGUAAAAUGUCCGUAGUGUUGCCAGUUUCCUAAAGGAUGAAGAGCAUCCUCAUACGCAAAUGUAAUCCCUAAACCAGUAAUUGGAGCCAUCUGCUGGCUAACGACAACACUAGCUGCAGGUUGUGGUUGGGCAUGACUUCAGUUGUCAGUGGCAUCAGCAUAGCUCGCUCUGGGCUCCUCCUGGAGAUUCAGUAUGGUAUGCUUUGCUGAAAUAUCUACAGUGUUAUAACUGAAAUUUUUGCACUUCACAUCAGUGCUACCGAUGCGGUAUCUGUCCUCUGCCUUCCUUCUUAAAUUUUUUGAUAAGUGCUUGUAGAAACAUUGCAGUGCCUUUUGGAAGAGCAUGUGAGGAAGUGAUGGACUGUUUAUCUUAAGGCGAUUAAAACAGGCAAGAAGCUGCCAAUAGUCCUAUACCAGACCAUAGUCUGAAUGAAAUAAAUCGAUAGAAGGCAGAGAAAGUCAUUGCUAACUUUUUCCCAGUGGGUAUUUUCAGAGGAGGGGAUCAGCAGUUCUGUGCAGUGACUUUGUAGCCUCAGAACUGAAAUUAAAAGGUUAAAUAAUCCAUUGUCUUAAAGUGCUUCUGAUACAAGCAGAACCUUAUACCACCAGGUUACUGUUGCUUUUAAAAUCACACAUAAUUUUGCAAAUUUGUAUAUGCUAACAAGAGUGGCAAAGUGAUGUUAGGCCUUGUGCCUCGGGCAGUGAGCACACAGCAGGCCAUUGGUUUUCAGUUCUGGCAUUGUUGUGGAUCAAGCCAAGACAUCUGCAGAGUGCCGGAACUUAUUACUCACCUCAUAGUUAACCAGAGAGCCUGGCGCAACAUUUUUGUAUCACUGAGAUUGUUAAUUCAGGAAUAGUGUUUGGCUGUUAACUCUUCACUGCAUAGGAGUCCAUAUAAAGCUCUAGAUAACAAGGGCAAAUUUUGUGGCAGUGCAUGUAUGUAUGUGCUAUAUAUGUACUAUGCAACAUAUUUUUAUAUAUUGCAUGUAUAAUAAAUUAGCAAAUCAACUAGCAAAUGAGAAUUUUCUCUUAAACUUGCCCACAGUACUGUGGGCCUUGCAGUACUGCUCAGCACCACUGGUGACGCAUCUGCAGAACUGGCACUCAGCUUCACGUUCUGUAGUUCUUGGCCUCAGCUGCAUGCAGGUUAGUUGUCUUUCCCCUGCCCCUGACGGGUUCUGGAUAUCUGUGGCCUUGAUGUUCACUGUUGGUGCAGCCCCAGAAAGGGACACCAGAUAAGGAGCCCUUGCACUGCAGGCAGGCAGCCAACUGGCUGUGCUCGGUGCUGUGCCCCGGGAACCUGGCAUGGAUUUUCAGUGAGACCGUCAUGAGCUCCCUGCUGCUGGUGUGUGCUGAGCACCUGGAGCCAAAUUAAGGAUGCCUCGCUAUGGUGCUGGCCUAGUUUCUUUCUGGUAAUUGUGUUCUGCCUCUGUAGACUGCUGCUGCUUCAAGGUUUUUUGUUCCCUACAACUGUUGCUUGUGACCUCAUUUUUUCAAUCUCACUGAUGUAGCUCUUACAUUUUUGUUGCGAGGAACCUGCUGAAGCUGCUUAUGCUGUCAGUGCAGUGGGCACCCCAGGAAUCCAGAGAUACUCACGUAUGUGAGGUACUCUGGGCUGGUGGGCAGUGGACAUCACGUUUUCGUCACAGUCUGAGCACUGGCAUAGGGGACAGCACAGGAAUGGUAUGACUGCAAAUCAGCUUUCAAAUUUUCCACUGUUUUCUUGCUGUCUUACUUGAUGUUUUGCAUUGUUUGAUGUUUGGCAAAAUUCACAUUUCACCGGAUGUGUGGAUCUGUGUUAUUUUUUCCCUAAAAUUCUGUUUUGGUCUUUGAAAGAGCUCUCAUCUUGUUACAAGGGUCAUAUGAGCAUCUAAUCUCCACAAGUUUUUAAGCCAGCCACAAAAAGCCAAUGUGCCUCUCUCCCAUCCCUCCAGGUGAUGCUCAGCCUAUGAGCUUGAUUUUUGUUUGUUUGUUUGUUUUUAUUGCUCUGUAAAACUUGCAAGGGCUGUCCAAUCACAGUAAAUGAAAUGAUGAGUCCAUCUGCAUGUAUUUUCUUAGGUUUGUAUGUUGCUUUACAUCAUGAAACGGUCUUUGUAAAUUGCAGUGGAAUUCCUGUGAAUUGAGUAGAUUUUAGCCAACAUAAAUUGCUCUUAAGUAAGGUGACGGAUGUUCUUUGUACACAGUGUUCCAGUCUUCCCUUUCGUGUCUCUUAGAUGGGAUCCACUAUUAUUAAUACAUAAAAGAAAUCUGAAGGUUUCUCAGUAUAGAUGUUCAUUUGGAAUGAGAUCUACCGUGUAACCGUGAAGCAGUCCCUUAAAAAAGGGACUCUACCCAGCAUGCAGUCGUGUUGAACAGGGCAUGGCUUCGGAGCAGGGCGUGUGGUAGCAAAGUAUUGCAGAGUGGGGUCAGGAGGAGGCAUUUACUGAUGCACCAAUGCUGAUAUUUGUUGUUGCUGCCUGUUCAUCUUUGGCAAAAUGAUUGUGAACUCUACUGCAGAACACGAAUCUGUGCUGGAGACCCGUUCCACGUGUUACAGUUUGGUGGCUCUGUGCAGCCUGGUCACAAAAUUCACUGCGUCUGUGUUAGUUGCCAGCUUCCUUUUUCCUUUUCCUCCGCCCUUCACUCUUCGUGUCUUUUUCUCUAACCUGACAGAAAUCUCCAGGAAAUGCUUUUGUGUGAACAACUUCUGGUAUCUCCACAUCAGUGGUGUCUAUCUUCUGCCAUAGAUCAGACUUUGUAUUGCUCUUUCUACAUGUGAUGCUUUUAUUUGCCAUUUGUGUCUAAGUGCCCUUUAAGAUAUACUUGCUUUUCCAGAAAUGUCGUCUGAGAUACCAGUAUAGCUCAAAAGCAUGGUUUUUCAGCUGUUUUUCCUCUUGUUCUGGCCCCCACUAAAAACUGAAUUGUGCUCUUAAGAAUAUUUUCUUCCACACUGCCUGUGUUUUGAGUCAGUCAAAGGUUUUCUCCUCGCUUAUACUGCUGGUACUAAUUCAUACCCUAUGAAUUAACAUUUCAGCACAGAAUUUGAUCCUAUCAGAAGGGACUGGACUUUAAAAGUAUGGGAUCAUAUUUAUGUAUAAUCUGUGCAUUGCUGCAAGUUAAGAGAAUGGGAAAAAAAGCCCCAAACCCAACCGCAGCAACUUCUACAGGCCAAUUUGCAUUCUGGUUUUGUUGGUUCCUGAAGCCCUGAAAGCAUGCUGCAUGGGUAUUCUGAAUUAAUGGUUUUGAAGAUGUCCAACUCAAGUUACACAGAGCUUACCUUUGAGACCAUCCAUCUCUGUCCUGGGCAAAUAAUAGUAAUAUUUGCUACAAACAGAAAAUGUUAAUGAGACAGCAGUGAAGAGCAAGGGGAGGAGAAGCCGUGAGGUGAUGGCUUUUCAAAAGUGAGUCUGAAGGAGCAGGACUUAUGGUAACUGCAGGUGAGGGUCAGAGCUCAAGUGGUUACAGACGGGUGAUGCACGUUUGCUUUACAGCUUCUGCACAGCACAGCGAGGCACCUUUCCUUUGACACAGUCAGUGCAGUUUCUUCUUGCACCAAGGACAGCUAAGGUUACAGUGCUGUUGCUGUCUCUGUUUCGUACUUGAUCCCUUAUAUGACAACUGCUUCCUUAGUAGAGUUCCUUCCUCUCGGAAGAUCACAAACGUCUCCUGAAAUUUUUCUUUAGUGAUUUCUUAAAUAGCAGUGUUUCUGUGGUGGUACGAAUAGAACAUAUGGUUUAUAGCUGGAUUUGUGUCCUCUCGUGCAUCUUUGAAUCUGUUUUUAACUCUGCUUAUGAAGUGAACUGCUUUCUGUGUGCCGAGGAACGUGUCAUCCUGGUUCUGUUGAUUUGCUGCUGAUUUGUCUGUCUGUCAUGCUGUCCAACUUAUAGGCUCAAAUGUGCAGUUUUAAAAUAGUGCCAUGUGUAGAACGUGGAAUGGAAAGCCCUGUAGCUUUAAAUCCAGCAGACCCGGCCCUUCUGUGCAUCUAAAGCAAAUACUCGGGCAGAAGAGGCUCACAGCUUGAGCAUGACAGUUUGCUGCAGCAGCGCAGGGGCUCGGCAGGCAGUGAUGUCGGCUGCAGGGCGAUGCCCACAGCUCCCCCAGCCCUGCAGGCGCAUGGAGCGGGGCGGGGGGGAAUGCGGGGAUGUUGAUGUGGUGCUGCUGCACCUCUGUGUGCUGCCAGAGGGACUUCUGUGAGCCAGCAAAGAUUGAACGACUGGAAGUCAGCAGCCUAGCACAGACCUCCAGUGCGGUGGCCUCAAGCACUGAUGGCAGCAUCAAUGCAGACUCUGUCGAUGGCACCCCAGAUCCGCAGCGUACAAAAGCAGCCAUCACACACCUGCAGCAGAAGAUACUGAAAUUGACCGAGCAGAUCAAAAUCGAACAAACGGCCCGUGAUGACAAUGUGGCAGAGUACCUGAAGCUAGCCAACAAUGCAGACAAGCAGCAGAGCGCCCGCAUUAAGCAGGUGUUUGAGAAGAAGAAUCAAAAGUCUGCCCAGACGAUCUUGCAGCUGCAGAAGAAGCUAGAACAUUACCAUCGAAAGCUGCGAGAAAUCGAACAAAAUGGGAUCCCUCGGCAGCCAAAGGAUGUCUUCAGGGAUAUGCACCAGGGAUUGAAAGAUGUUGGAGCGAAAGUCACUGGAUUCAGUGAGGGAGUAGUAGAUAGUGUUAAAGGUGGGCUUUCCAGUUUCUCCCAAGCCACACAUUCAGCAGCAGGAGCUGUGGUUUCCAAACCCCGGGAGAUUGCCUCUCUCAUCAGGAACAAGUUUGGGAGUGCGGACAAUAUUGCUAAUCUGAAAGACUCCUUAGAAGAAGGCCAGGAAGAUGGGACAGGAGGCAAGGCUCUAGGUGUUAUCCAGAACUUUCAGUCAAGCCCAAAAUAUGGCAGUGAAGAGGACUGCUCCAGUGCUACGUCAGGCUCAGUGGGAGCCAACAGCACAACAGGGGGCCCUGUGGGAGCUUCCAGCUCCAAAACAAACACUCUGGAUAUGCAGAGCUCAGGGUUUGAUGCAAUACUACAUGAGAUUCAAGAAAUUCGAGAGACACAGGCAAGACUGGAAGAGUCAUUUGAGGAUCUUAAGGUUCGCUAUCAGAGGGAUUACUCAUUAAUAAUGCAGACUUUACAGGAGGAACGGUACAGAUGUGAAAGACUCGAAGAGCAGCUAAAUGACCUGACUGAGCUCCAUCAGAAUGAGAUCCUGAAUCUGAAACAGGAGCUGGCCAGCAUGGAGGAGAAAAUUGCCUAUCAGUCUUAUGAGCGAGCCCGGGACAUCCAGGAGGCCCUGGAAGCGUGCCAGACCCGCAUCUCCAAGAUGGAGCUACAGCAGCAGCAGCAGCAGGUGGUGCAGCUGGAGGGUCUGGAGAAUGCCACGGCCAGGAACCUGCUGGGGAAGUUUAUCAACAUCCUCCUGGCUGUCAUGGCUGUCCUCCUUGUCUUCGUCUCCACUGUGGCCAACUGCGUCGUGCCCCUCAUGAAAACUCGCAAUAGGACGUUCAGCACUUUAUUCAUAGUGGUUUUAAUUGCCUUUUUGUGGAAGCACUGGGAUGCCAUCUCUGGCUACUUGGAACGGUUUUUGUCUCCCCCCAGAUGAUGCCAUGAGGAAUCGGCUGCAUCGCCCCCUCCCAGCACACUCGGUGAGCAAGCGUGGCAAAGAUUAGUCAGCAACUACUCCGCUGAAGUUUUAAAGUGUCUGAGUGAAUUUGUUUACAUUUAGAAUAACGUUUUUUCUCUGCGAGAUGCAUUGCAAUAGUAUUUUUUAGAUUUUAUUCAAGAACUCUUUUUGGCGAGAAUCCCGGAUAAUUUUUAUGUAGCAUGGUUCUCUUUGGAUGCAAAUCUUAAGAUUCUUUAAAGUGUACAAAAUAAAUAAAAUACCGAAAUUUGGAGCAUACCAAUGGGCAACUUAAACUGUGGCUUGAACUACUGUACUAAACCUGUCAGGAAGAGGAAGAAUGUGAUUAACUUAAGAUGAGCAAAACUAAAUGUAGUGCACGCAGCCUUGAGGGAUGGUACCACAGCAAACCUGUAACACUAAACUUUUACUGUGAAGUCUGCUCACAUUCCAUGUCCAAAUGUAUGGGUUUGGAGUGGUUUCUUUACAAGACAACAAAACAACGUGUGGAUCUCUUUCCCGACUCAGCGUCGGGUUUGCCAUUCGUGCUGACCUGACUGAACAGUGACUUUCUAUAAGGCUGGUUAACUUUGCUAAGCGUAUGAAGUGGAAGCCUCGUGCCACAUACAGAAACUGCACAGUCGUGCUGCAGUAUUUUGAAGUAGUCCUUGAAACACUUACCUUUAAGCAAAGCCCUUGGUCGCACUUUUAAGGUUUUUUUUUAAUGUAUGUAUAUUCACAGAUUUAAAAAAAAAUCCAAACAGCAUACUUGAAGAGUGUUAUACUCAAACUCUCAGUGCUUCCUUAUCGUUUCUAAUAGGAUUUUUUAUUAUUAUUAUUAUUAUUAUUAUUAUUGGGUUGUUGGUUUUUGUUGUGUUUUUUCUUUUUUUUUUUUUUUAAAGGGGUUG